AUGGAGAACGAUCUGACCCCAACGUCAGAAGAUCCGGGGAGUUCGGAAGAACAAUGGACUGCGAUCGACUUCCGUCGGGUCGGAGACGAACUUGGUCUCCAAUCCUCGAGAACGUCCCAGCGACUCAAUCAGAUAGACCGUGUCCGCGCCAACGGUGUUGGCGAUCAUGUUGCAUUGCCUCAGCUAGUGGUAUGUGGUGAUCAAUCUGCUGGCAAGAGCUCCGUGCUGGAAGGAAUUAGCGGAAUCCCUUUCCCUCGACAGGAUGGCUUGUGCACCAGAUUCGCGACAGAAAUUGUCCUCAGACAUGCGCCGCAAGCUAUUUGCAUGACGGCGACAAUAAUCCCUCAUUCGUCACGGGACGAUGAGGAGAGACGACGACUGGCCUCCUUCCGACUGGAAUUUCACGCCUUCGAUGAACUACCUGGUAUCAUCGAAGCUGCAAGUCAAUCCAUGGGUAUUCGCACCUCGGGAGAUGCAUUGGGCGCACCCGCUUUUGCUGCCGAUGUCCUGCGAUUGGAGUUGGUUGGCAAUACCGGACUGCACUUGACAAUUGUCGAUCUACCAGGCUUGAUCUCUGUUUCCGAGAAUGAGCGUGACGUGCAGCUUGUCAGUGACCUUGUUGAUUCUUACCUCGAAAGCUCGCGGACUAUCGUACUUGCGGUUGUUCCCGCAAGUAGCGACGUUGAUACCCAAGGCAUUAUCCAACGAGCCCGCCGCUACGAUAAAGAUGGUGUUCGAACUGUUGGAAUCAUCACAAAGCCGGAUCUAAUCAAUGUUGGAACUGAGCAGCGAGUUGCACGCCUCGCGAAGAACAUGGACCGUACAAAGCUCAAUCUGGGUUUUUUUUCUGCUCAAAAACCCGGCUCCUGCCGAGCUGCCCUGGGACUUGAUCCAUCGCGUAUUGGUAUUGAAAAUCUUCGACGGUUCCUUCAGGAGCUUUUGGAUAGUCACAUUGAACGUGAGCUCCCCAAAGUGCGUGAGGAAUUGCGUGAGCUGCUUGAACGAAAUUGUCAGGACCUUGCUGCUCUAGGCACGGAACGGAAUACGCCUGGUCAGAUCCGCAUAUAUCUAACGCAGAUCAGCGCCGAUUUUCACGGGGUGGUACGAGCUGGCAUUGAUGGCGACUAUGGUGGCCGUGACGCGAAAUUCUUCAACGUCCAUGACAAGGAUUUUGCAAACCGGUUGCGCGCUGUUGUUCAUCUAGAGAAUGAGAAGUUCGCGAAUCACAUGAGAGAAUACGGUCAGACGCGGAAGGUUGUGAGUCGAGCUGAUGAUCAGUCUCUCGAGUCAGCUGAUGAGGCGACGGAGCUUUCGCUCAACGAAAAGGGCCAGAUUAUUGUUAGUAAAGAAGGAAUGGCCGCGUGGGUCAAAGAAGUCUAUCUUCGGACGCGAGGCAGGGAACUACCAGGAAACUAUAAUCACGCGCUUCUAGCAGAGCUUUUCCAUUCACAGUCACUGAAUUGGGCCAAGAUUGCUCGUGAGCACGUGGAUGCUGUUGCCAAAUUAGUCUCCACGUUCUUAGAAGCAGCAUUGAAGUUUGUGAUUAAAGAUGUCAAAGUCCGCCAAAACGUCCAGACCUGCGUUCAGAAAUCUGUGCAGGCAAAUGUCAAACGCGCGAUCGAUGAACUGGAUGUGCUGCUCGACGACGAGGCCCGUCAGCCGAUCACGUACAAUCACUAUUAUACAGACAACAUCCAGAAGGCUCGAAAUGACCAGUCCAAACAUGAUAUUCAAAAUUCGAUGUACGACGCUAUCCAAAACGACUGGAACGGAAAAUUUCAUGUGAGCAACUCUUCCGACGAAAUAGAAAAGCUCGUUACUUCGCUGCAACAGCGGGUAGUUGUCGAUAUGACGAAGCAGGCCUGUUCCGAAGCACAGAACGACCUCACCGCAUACUACAAAGUUGCCAUGAAAACUUUUGUCGACAAUGUUUGUAGGCAAGUCAUCGAACGUCAUAUCAUCGCCAAGCUUCCGAGCGUUUUCGAGCCUGUCAUUGUAAGUGGAUAUGAGACUGAAGAAUUGCUCCGAAUGGCCGCAGAAUCUGCGCAGGUCAGUACCCGUCGGGAUGAGGCACGUCAUUUCCAGCAAUUGUUAGAACGAAGUCUUGAGGACCUAAAUGUUUGA